GCGCACUUCCUUUGACCAUCCUCAUCCCAUGACGAAUACCGAAAUCUCGUCACAGGCAUUGCGUCAAGCCCUGGACGUUUUCACUCCAGGAACGCGUGCGUGGUUUACAGACGAGCAAGAGGCCUGGAUCUCAGCCUCUGUGAAGGCAAAGACUACUUCAGAUGGCCGCAUCAAGAUCACAUUCCAGGACGAUAAUGAUUCCUCAAAGGAGCAUGUCUUUGAAUCAACUAUAAGCGAGCUGGAGAAGAACAAUGGCGCGGAUCUCCCCCCUCUUAGAAACCCCCCAAAGAUGGAGAAUACAGAUGAUUUGACGAGUCUUAGUUAUUUGAACGAGCCAGCAGUGUUGAACACGAUCAAAACCAGAUAUCAACAGCGAACGAUAUACACAUACUCUGGAAUUGUUUUGAUUGCUGCUAAUCCAUUCGAUCGGGUUGCUUUGUACGAACCCGACAUCAUUCAACAGUAUUCAGGAAGACGAAGAGGAGAACUUGAACCCCAUUUGUUCGCUAUUGCAGAAGAUGCAUACAGAUGCAUGAUCCGAGAAAAGACGAAUCAGACAAUUGUUGUCUCCGGUGAAAGUGGUGCCGGUAAGACAGUAAGCGCAAAGUAUAUUAUGCGGUAUUUUGCUACCGCAGACGAUAAAGAGAGUAGCGACAAGAAGAAGAAGGUGGAUGUAGGAGGCAUGACGGAAGUUGAGGAACAGAUUCUCGCUACCAAUCCCAUCAUGGAAGCCUUUGGUAACGCUAAAACGACAAGAAACGAUAACUCUUCGCGUUUUGGAAAAUACAUUGAGAUUCAAUUCGACCAAGGGUCAAACAUUAUCGGUGCAAAGAUUAGAACAUACCUUUUGGAACGUUCGCGUUUGAUUUUCCAGCCUGAAUCCGAGCGCAACUACCAUAUUUUCUACCAGCUGUGUGCCGGUGCUCCUGCCUCUGAAAGGAAGGAAUUCGAACUCGGUGACUUCACCAAUUUCCAUUAUCUUAACCAAAGCGGCACUGGAACCAUCCCCGGUGUUGACGAUGUAGCCGAGUUUGAGAUUACACAAAGAUCACUUUCCACAGUUGGUAUCGCAGUUCAUAUGCAAUGGCAAAUCUUCCGUCUUCUCGCUGCUCUGCUUCACAUUGGUAAUAUCCAAAUCGCCGGUCGCACGGACGCUGCUGUUUCUGAUUCAGACCCUGCACUUGUCACCGCUACCAAAUUAUUGGGUAUUGAGUUGCCUGAAUUCCGCAAAUGGCUCAUCAAGAAGCAAAUCAUUACCCGAUCUGAAAAGAUUAUCACCAAUCUCAGCGUUACGCAGGCUCAAGUUGUCAAGGACUCUGUUGCAAAAUACGUCUACGCUAAUCUAUUCGAUUGGUUGGUCUCUGUUAUCAACCAAAGUUUGUCUGCACCUAACGUUGAAGAGAUCAGAACGUUUAUUGGUGUACUGGAUAUCUACGGUUUUGAGCACUUUAAGAAGAACUCUUUCGAACAGUUCUGUAUCAACUACGCCAACGAAAAGCUGCAACAAGAAUUCAACCAGCAUGUCUUCAAGCUGGAGCAAGAAGAAUAUAUUCGGGAAGAGAUUAACUGGAAGUUUAUUGAGUUCAGCGAUAACCAAAAGUGUAUCGAAAUGAUCGAAGGCAAGAUGGGAAUUCUGUCAUUGCUUGACGAAGAAUCACGUUUACCUUCUGGUAAUGAUCAAGGCUACUGCAACAAAUUGUAUACUACCUUUGAUAAACCCGGAUUCAAAGAUUAUUUCAAAAAGCCACGUUUCUCGAACUCUGCUUUCACUGUGGUCCAUUACGCACACGACGUACAGUAUGAAUCAGAAGGUUUCCUCGACAAGAACAAGGACACUGUACCCGACGAACACUUGGUGCUUUUGCAAUCUUCCAAGUUUGAGUUCUUGGUUGAUGUGCUUAAUGCCAGCCAUGCAGGUGACCAUGCUUCUAAUGGCGAAACCAACCAUAAACGUAUGAGUGUCAUCAAGAAACCCACCCUUGGAUCCAUUUUCAAGCAAUCCUUGAUUAGUCUAAUGGACACCAUCGGACAAACCAACGUCCAUUACAUCCGUUGUAUCAAGCCAAACGAAGCCAAGGUUGCUUGGGAAUUUGAACCAAACAUGGUGUUGGCUCAGCUUCGUGCUUGUGGUGUUCUCGAAACCAUUCGCAUCAGUUGUGCAGGCUAUCCAUCACGAUGGACCUUUGAAGAAUUUGCUGAACGCUACUAUGCUCUGGUCAACUCCAAGCAUUGGGACCCUAGUGUUCAACCUGAUGUUCGUCGUUUGACCGGUGUUAUUCUGGAUGCUUGGAUUCACGACAAGGACAAGUACCAAAUCGGUAAAACCAAAAUCUUUUUCCGAGCUGGUCAACUGGCCUACCUCGAAAAACUUCGAGCCGACCGUUGGAAUGACUGUGCCAUUCUGUUACAAAAGAACAUGCGCCGUUUCAUCAUUCGUAUUCGCUAUCUUCGUAUGCGUGACCUGGCUCUUCGUCUGCAAUCGGUUGCCCGUAAAAAGGUUGGGCAAGCUAAACUCCAGCUAUUGCGAGAGGAGAAAGCUGCCAUCUUGGUUCAAAAGAAUUGGCGACGAUACAUUACCCGUAAGCGAUACUUGGCACGACGUGCAUUUAUCAUCAAGCUACAAAACGCUGUCCUUGCCUAUGUCGGACGAAAGAGACAUGCUGUUGUUCGUGAACAUAAUGCAGCCAUCCAGAUUCAACGUAUGGUUCGUGGAUGGGCCGCUAGACGUAAGUUCCAGGCUCAACGCAACCAUGUGGUCCGCAUUCAGACCUGUUUCCGUCGUCGCCAAGCCCGCAAGCAACUUUUGGCUCUCAAGGCAGAAGCUCGUUCUGUCAGCCACUUCAAGGAAGUAUCAUACAAGCUCGAGAGCAAGGUUGUGGAACUCACUCAGACACUGACCAAGCAAAAGGAAGAGAAACUCGUUCUGCAAGAAAAGGCUGCGAAACUUGAACAGCAAGUACGUGCAUGGGUUGAACGUUACGACAAGCUUGACAAGCGUUCAAAGGAGCUAGAAACCACUCUACAAGAACCCAAGAUCAAUGAUGAAUGGGAUACAUUGCAGCAAGAACGUGAUGCCUUGCAAUCCAAUUAUCAAUCCUCUCUAGAUAAGAUUCGUCUACAGGACAAUGAGAUUGCUCGUCUCACCGAAGAGUUAACCAAGCAAAAGGAUGAAGUGGCUAACCUUCGCCAAGCUUCUCAUAAGAUGGCCAAAUACAUUGACGAGCCCGAUAUCAAUGAACUGAAAAAUCAGAUUACUGCCCUCAAGGCUCAGCUAUCGCAAACACUUCAUCAACCAAGACGACAGAACUCACUCAACAGCAAUGGCAACCUUCGCAACUUGUCUCCUGUCAGCGAACGUGCUCGUGGUAUGUCUCCUGGUGCAUAUGAUCGACAGGAGAAUGGAUUUGUUACCUCUGCUCAGCGUGGUCGUUCUCCUACCGGCAAUGCCACACCUUAUCGUCGUAACAGUAUUGCUGAUGUCAAGAAGAACAAGGUCAAGACAUCCUUGGAUCGUGUUAGCCAGGUCGAUAUUCGGGCCACUUCCAUCGAUCAACUUGCUGUACGAGAUGAGACAGACGACGACUUCCAUGGCAGUCCCGCAGAUAUUGUGUACUCCAUUCUUCAUGAUGAAGAUGGUUUACAAGAUGAAAUUCUUGAGGGUCUUAUUCGUCAUCUUAAGAUCCCACAAGCUAGUACUCAGACACCCCUUUCAAGAAAGGAGGUCCUCUUCCCUGCUCACGCCAUCAGCAUUACUGCUGCUCAAAUGUGGAAGCUCGGAUACAUGCAAGAAUCUGAGAGACUUUUGUACACAGUGAUGGAUACCAUCCAAAAGCAGUGCUUGUCUUACACUGGAGACGAUGCCAUUGUUCCUUGUGCAUUCUGGUUCAGUAAUGUGCACGAACUAUUGUCUUUGAUUUCUAAGGAAGAGCAAAAGUUCGAACAAGAGAUGAACUUGAACUCUAUGAAUGGUUUGAGAGCUGUCGGAUGGCACGAGUUUGAAAAGCUCAUUUCCACUAUCAAAUAUGAAAUUCAAUGCUUGGAAGAUAACAUUUUCCAUGCCUGGAUGACUGAGAUGAAGCGACGAUUGAACAAGAUGGCUGUUCCAGCUUUGAUUGAAAGCCAAUCCCUUCCAGGAUUCGUCACUAGUGAUACUGGCCGGUUCCUUAACAAGAUCAUCGGGUCCAGCCAACCUGCUUUCACCAUGGAUGAUCUGUUGAGUCUCCUCAACACCGCUUAUCACUCCAUGCGAUGCUACUACAUGGAGAGCUUCGUGUCUCAGCAAGUAUUGAUUGAACUUCUCAAGCUCAUUGGUACCAUCACUUUCAACGAUCUGGUGAUGAGACGUAACUUUUCAUCAUGGAAGCGAGCUAUGCAAAUCCAAUAUAAUAUCACUCGAUUGGAAGAGUGGUGCAAGAGCCAUGAAGUACCCGAGGGAGCAUUGCAGCUUGAGCAUUUGAUGCAAGCAACCAAGCUUUUGCAGCUCAAGAAGGCUACUUUGGAAGAUAUUCAUAUUAUUUAUGAUGUGUGCUGGAUGCUCACACCAACUCAGAUACAAAAGUUAAUUACAAACUACUAUGUUGCGGACUACGAGAGCCCCAUUAGCCACGAGAUAAUGCGCGUUGUGGCUGCUCAUGUAGUCAGUGGCGACAAGAACGAUAUUUUGCUGCUGGACAGUGUCUCGCUUGAUGAUACCCCGUUUGAACUGCCUCCAGUGCGUGAAGUAGCUUCAGAGAAUUAUUUGCCUUCAUUCGUGAGUAGCUUUGUAAAAGACUUAUAAGCGCUUGACCGAGUACUGAACCUAUUUUUACUUUGACCAGCUGAACUUGAAGCGGCUUCAAAAACUCGUAAGCUUGGCAUAAAUGCUAGCCUUGCCAUAUUACUUCCCUUUUACAGCCUUGCAACCUAUUCACUCGAUGAUCAUAGAGAGAUACACACAAAGAAAUAUUAAAAAUUUUCGAGCUAUUUUUUUAAUGCGUUAGGUCGUUGAGUGGGACAGUUCUACUCUGUGACACUGUGCCAAUGGCUGUCAUGCGCGUGAAAGAGAGCAAUAUAUGGCAUGUACCAUGCGACGAGAG